GGCGGCGGCCAGGGAGGAAGCGGAGGAGGUGGAGGCGGCCGUGGGGUUCGCCCGCCUGCUCGUUCGCCUGGUUUCCCCGCCCCCGCCGGUUUCACGGCCGCUGAAGAGAGCUGGGUGCGCGCUGUCGUAACCUGUCCUCAUCCUGGCCAGCGACAGGAAGACCUGACCGGCAUCUAGACCAGCCUCCCUGUCAGGACAACUGCGGCGCGGGCUCCAAGGGGCUCAGGCAGGCGACCCGGGCGCCUGAAGGUUACUGAGUGCAUGAGCGCCUAGCCUCCCGCGCUGCCCCGCCCGCCGGCCCGCCGGCCCGCCCGCCGGCUCGCCUGCCAGCCCCUCGGCGCCCGGCGGCGGCGGCGGCGGCGGCGGCGACGGCCGCAGGAGGCGCCGUUUCCCUGCCAGGUGCGCGCUUCGCUCCCGGAGCCGCGGAACUCGGCGGCCGCCAUGGCGUCCAACAUGGACCGGGAGAUGAUCCUGGCGGAUUUUCAGGCAUGUACUGGCAUUGAAAACAUUGAUGAAGCUAUUACAUUGCUUGAACAAAAUAAUUGGGACUUAGUGGCAGCUAUCAAUGGUGUAAUACCCCAGGAAAAUGGCAUUCUACAAAGUGACUAUGGAGGUGAGACCAUACCAGGACCUGCAUUUGAUCCAACAAGUCACCCAGCUUCAGCUCCUGCUCCCUCUUCUUCUUCAGCAUUUCGACCUGUAAUGCCAUCUAGGCAAAUUGUAGAAAGGCAACCUCGGAUGCUGGACUUCAGGGUUGAGUACAGAGACAGAAAUGUUGAUGUGGUACUUGAAGACAGCUGUACUGUUGGAGAGAUUAAACAGAUUCUAGAAAAUGAACUUCAGAUACCUGUGUCUAAAAUGCUGUUAAAAGGCUGGAAGACCGGAGAUGUGGAAGACAGUACGGUCUUAAAAUCGCUACAUUUGCCAAAAAACAACAGUCUUUAUGUCCUUACACCAGACUUGCCACCACCUUCAUCAUCUAGUCAUGCUGGUGCCCUGCAGGAGUCAUUAAAUCAAAACUUCAUGCUGAUCAUCACCCACCGAGAAGUCCAGCGGGAGUACAACCUGAACUUCUCAGGAAGCAGUACUAUUCAAGAGGUAAAGAGAAAUGUGUAUGACCUUACGAGUAUCCCCGUUCGCCAUCAGUUAUGGGAGGGCUGGCCAGCUUCUGCCACAGAUGACUCAAUGUGUCUUGCUGAAUCAGGGCUAUCUUAUCCCUGCCAUCGACUUACAGUGGGGAGAAGAUCUUCACCUGCACAGACCCGGGAGCAGUCCGAAGAGCAAAGCACCGAUGUUCAUAUGGUUAGUGAUAGUGAUGGAGAUGACUUUGAAGAUGCUUCCGAAUUUGGGGUGGAUGAUGGAGAAGUAUUCGGCAUGGCAUCAUCUGCCCUGAGAAAAUCUCCAAUGAUGCCAGAAAACGCAGAAAAUGAAGGAGAUGCCUUAUUACAAUUUACAGCAGAGUUUUCUUCAAGAUAUGGUGACUGCCAUCCUGUAUUUUUUAUUGGCUCAUUAGAAGCUGCUUUUCAAGAGGCCUUCUAUGUGAAAGCCCGAGAUAGAAAGCUUCUUGCUAUCUACCUCCACCAUGAUGAAAGUGUAUUAACCAACGUGUUCUGCUCACAAAUGCUUUGUGCUGAAUCUAUUGUCUCUUAUCUGAGUCAAAACUUUAUAACCUGGGCUUGGGAUCUGACAAAGGACGCCAACAGAGCAAGAUUUCUGACAAUGUGCAAUAGACAUUUUGGCAGUGUUGUGGCACAAACCAUUCGGACUCAAAAAACAGAUCAGUUUCCACUUUUUCUGAUUAUUAUGGGAAAACGUUCAUCUAAUGAAGUGUUAAAUGUGAUACAAGGUAACACAACAGUGGAUGAGCUAAUGAUGAGACUCAUGGCUGCAAUGGAGAUCUUCACAGCCCAACAACAGGAAGAUAUAAAGGAUGAGGAUGAACGUGAAGCCAGAGAAAAUGUGAAAAGAGAGCAAGAUGAGGCCUAUCGCCUUUCACUUGAGGCUGACAGAGCCAAGAGGGAAGCUCAUGAGAGAGAGAUGGCAGAACAGUUUCGUUUGGAGCAGAUUCGCAAAGAACAAGAAGAGGAACGUGAGGCCAUUCGACUCUCCUUAGAGCAGGCCCUGCCUCCAGAGCCAAAGGAAGAAAAUGCUGAACCUGUGAGCAAACUGCGGAUCCGGACCCCCAGUGGCGAGUUCCUUGAGCGGCGGUUCCUGGCCAGCAAUAAGCUCCAGAUUGUCUUUGAUUUUGUAGCUUCCAAAGGAUUUCCAUGGGACGAGUUCAAGUUACUGAGUACCUUUCCAAGGAGAGACGUAACCCAGCUGGACCCAAAUAAAUCACUAUUGGAGGUAAAGUUGUUCCCUCAAGAAACCCUUUUCCUUGAAGCAAAAGAGUAAACACAGCCCAGCAGUGGAACCAGCCAUUCCUUGACAAGCCAGAGGCCUGCGUCAAGAGAAGGGCUCCUCGCCAACCCACCUACACGCUCGUCUCACUCAAUUCAGUGUCACACUCUGCCUCUUGCAAGAUUGCUGGAAAAAAGUAAUAAUAAACAUAGCUACUUAAAAGUU